GAGAAAAAAAAACCUGUUAAACAACAACAUUUAAUUGCCAAUUCUUGAUGUUUUAUAAGAGUCAAAUAUUACUGCGCAACGUGAUGAUAGCUACUGGAGUCGUUGUAAAUAUUCAAUGUUAGAUUAUACAGUUCAGUCUUCAGCUAUAACAUAAAAUGUAUGAUCAUAUGUCUAGACUGCAGUAAUGGAUUCUACGGUGCAGCCUGUACGCAAUGUCCUUUGGGAUGUAGCAGUAGUAGCAGUAAUACAUGUGAUCAAUCGUCAGGAAGUUGUUUUCAAUGCAUUAUUGGAUCAUAUGGCAGUUUCUGUAAUCAGUCUUGCUCCGGUAAUUGCAAAAACAGUGUUUGUGACAAGAGCAACGGCCGGUGUACAGAUGGCUGCACAACAGGAUUUUCAGGCACAUGGUGCAGAUGUCCAGUAAACUGCAAGGACGCUAGCUGCUCUACUGGCCAGUGUUCAGAGUGUACUGAUGGAUACUACGGACCAUUCUGUACACCAUGUCCUAUUGGCUGUAGCAAUGACACAUGUGACAAAACGUCAGGACAUUGUGGUCAAUGUGAUGAUGGAUCCUACGGUAGUUUCUGUAACCAGACCUGUUCUGUUAAUUGUAAAAACAAAGUUUGUAACAUGGUCAACGGUCAGUGUACAGACGGCUGCGUAACUGGAUUUGUAGGCGAUUUCUGUACAUGUCCAGCUAACUGUAUAGACAGUAUCUGUUCAUCUGGCCAGUGUACAGACUGCAAGGAUGGAUUCUACGGACCAGUGUGUACACCAUGUCCUGUUGGCUGUAGCACUGACAAAUGUGACAAAACGUCAGGACAUUGUGGCCAUUGUUCACCUGGAAACUAUGGAGAUACUUGUAAUAAGACCUGCCCGUCUAAUUGUAAGAAUGACACAUGUGGACAACUGAGCGGGGAAUGCACAGAAUGUGACCCCGGAUAUCAUCAGAGUUUUUGUAAUCAGUCCUGUUCGGAGAACUGUUUUAACAGAAUGUGCAACAUAAGCAAUGGACAGUGUUCAGAAUGUGAUGCAGGAUUUCACGGUAAUUUCUGCAGUCAAGUGUGCCCAACCAACUGUAAAAACAACAUCUGUAGCAUGCAAGACGGACAGUGCAUUGAAACGGAGGCUUUGCCAGGAACAUCCGAAAGCCAGGUCGGAACAUAUGCAGGGGCAGUAGUUGGAGUGGUUGUCGUCAUUGCUUUCGUAAUAAUAGUGGUCAUCAUAGUCAUCAGAAGAAGAAAAUUGCCAACAAAAGAGAAGACAUACCAACAUGCAGAGUACGAUGAUGACUUAGAGAAUACGUCAUCCCUGCCUCUUGCUAAAUCAGGGCGCAAAAGCCAUGAGACAUCGAAGCCUGCAAUGUCUGUGACAAAUGAUAAAGCGAUCGAAUACAUCAACGUCUGUGAUGUCGGUAAGAAGGACGAAGAAGUGGUAUAUAGCAAUAUGGACACCUCGGGCGGUGUCUCUAUUGAUGACAUCCGUGCAAUGAUACCAAAAAAGAUGGAAAAUGAAGAAGAAGAAUUUAAGAAGGAAUUCAAGGAGUUACCCUGGGGAGCAGUACAUCCUCACCUAGUAGGUGCUAAAGCAUCCAAUAAACCAAAGAACAGAUUCAAAACAACAUUUCCUUAUGACCAUUCCCGUGUCAUACUGGAUAAGAUUGCGAAUGAUCCUGACUCGACCUACAUUAACGCCAAUUACAUUGACAGUAUCGACGCCUGCCAAGCUUAUGUCGCAUGUCAAGGGCCAAAGCCAAAUACGGUGGACGACUUUUGGAGGAUGGUUUGGCAACUGAACACUGGAAAAAUCGUCAUGGUUACAAACCUUAUCGAGGGCGGCAAUGUCAAAUGUCACCAAUACUGGCCUGACGAAGGUAAAUCUUUAUCAACGAAGCAUUUCAACAUCAGUCUCGAUCGAGAGAGGUCGUAUGCUUUUUAUGUACUACGAGAGAUUUCAGUGACACACAAAAAGACAAAAGAUGAGCGUCAGGUUCACCAGUUCCACUUUACGACGUGGCCAGACCACGGAACUCCGGACACUCUUGAUCUCGUCCUUUUCCACCGCCGUGUGACAUCGUAUAGGACACAUCUUACUGGGCAGAUGGUUGUACACUGCAGUGCUGGAAUCGGGAGGACGGGAACCUUCAUAGGUUUAGAUGCUCUUUCAAAGGAGGAAAAGAAAUCUGGACAAGUGGAUAUUCCCCGUUAUAUAAGAAAGAUGCGGGAGGACCGAAUGAAUAUGGUUCAGACUCAUGAACAGUAUAUCGCUAUUCACGAGUUGCUUGUCGAGACACACGAUCUAACGGAUACUCUGAUUUCCGAUACUGACUUUCCUGUAACUUUGAGAAAAACGCUUCCGCCCGGAAAACCAACAAACCAAACAAAGCUACGAAAAGAAUUUGAAAAUUUACAGACACUCCUUCCCAAAUAUGAUUCAAGUUGCUACAGAGCUGGAAUGAUGAAAGAAAACAAGAGCAAAAACAGAACAAUGUCUAUUAAAGCAGUUGACAUGUAUCGAGCUUACCUGCGGUCACAGGUGGGCGGCAGGAAUGACUACAUCAAUGCUGUUAUGCUACGGUCACACAGGUCGAAAUCAGGGUACCUUAUGACACAGUUUCCGUUAGAGGGCACGGUUGAUGACUUGUGGACGAUGGUGAUUGACUACAACUGUGAGAACAUCGUUGUCCUAGGUACCCCUAAAGAGCACUGGCUUCGAGAAGAGAGCGAAACAAAUGGAGCCCAUGAGGUAUAUGUUAAAAAGCAGAACGCAUUAGAAGUCAUUCCCGACGUCGAUGUUGCUGACUAUAACAUAACAAGCAAGAGCUCCAGUACUGACAUGACAAUACGGAUCUUCACUAUGAAGGAGUGGUCAUCGGAUUCUUUGCUGCCCCCCUCCAACUCGUCCCUUCUCCUCUUGCUUGAGCAGCUGGACAGUCGUCGACGGUCAGACAACACAAGACCUGUGGUCGUCAUGUGUCAGGACGGAUGCACACAGAGUGGACUAUUCUGUUGUAUAUCAAACGUCCGGGAUCAAAUGAAGAUGGAUGAUGAAGUGGACAUAUUUCAAACGUCUAGACAAAUACAAGUCCGACGCCCACAAGCUCUCAGACACAUUGAGCAGUACCAGUACUGUUACAACUUCAUCGGGCAGUAUCUGGACUCAACCAACAUCUACAUCAACUAAAGGCGUGUGAAAUGGGAAUCCUUGCGUCUUUUGAAGGCUGACAGCUAACUAUCUGGAUUGAGAUGCAUGUGAUUUCCAAAUUUCGAUAGUUACUUUCAUGAAACUUAAUUCGAUCGUUUUUGUGGAAGUGAACUUCGUAUAAUAACAGGAUGUGAUUGUCGAUAGAAAGACGUCCCUCCUACAACAGGAAUGUUUGAAAACAGAAACAACAUAUUCAAAUACUUUCCAGGAUUUUGAAAAUCUUCCUCGUAACGCCUGUAUUUUGUGAGACGAUAACAUAUGACACCAAAGCGCAACGCAUUGCAUCAUAGAGACGUACUAUUUGUUAACAAUUAGACUACAUUAUAGUAAUGAUUACCUAUUUACACUCUACAUGAGGAGUAAAAUUAUAAAUAUAAAACCAGCUGAAUAGAUUGCAGAUAUUAUUCAAUGUCUGGUUUUAUGCGUAUUGAAAACAAAAAUAGUAUAAUAAUAACCUUAGAGGGAAAGUGCUUUAAACUAAUUAUAUCAAGUUUUUUACACUGAAAAACAUAUAUCUAUUCAAAUAUUUUUUGUGAUACGGUUGAACAUUUUACAUGUAAGCCUUAUUGUUUUCACUACAACUUGUUUUGUUUAGUGUUUGUGUAUGGUGUAUGUCCUAUUAACAACGUUGAUCAAUUAAGGACGAUCCAGGGUUUGUAAGUGGGGGAGAACCGCCGUAUCUGAAGAAAAAACACCGACCUACGGACAGGACCUGGCCACUGCCCCACAUAUGCCUUAAACCUACGACCUCCAGUGGUGAUUGGCUAGUGAUCGUAGACAGUCUAACGUCUGAACCACUCGGCCACCGUGGCUCCUUGCUAAAAGUACAUAUACUUUAAUGUAUGUUGAUAUGUUAAAGGUUUAUUACAUCAAACGCUGGUUUCAUUGUUAUUCACACUACAUAGAUUUGAUAGUUGAUUUGGGAUGAUGUAGUUAACCUUUGUCUUCUAAAAAGGAAGGAUUUAUAAUGACAGCAAAUAUCUAUGUUUAAAAAAAAUGUGUUCCGGUAGCAGAAAGAUUUUGAAAACUAAAUGUAAAUUGAGGUUCUCCUAUCUAUAGCGAUGUAAAUAAUUUCUUCUCCUGCAUGUUGUUAGAAAUUUUCAUUUUAAAACUUUCUACCCCAGACACCCUUCGAAAUCUAAGUCAUACUUAGUCAGCGUUGUUUAUUAACUAAUACACAUACAGUUGCGUUGUAUUUUUCUUGUAAUUACCAGUGUCAAGUUCUGACCAUGCAUGGCAAUCAGAAAGGAUGCAUAUGACAAGAGCAUCACAAUUUUAGCACCACAACAGUUAUACUACACGAUUUGUAAAAACAAAUAUUAGCUGAUACGAAUUUCAUCUCUGGGCGAGUAUGUCCAGUAAACAUUGCAUAAAACACUGCUGUGGUUCAGUUUCGUCAGCACUCGAGAUCAAACCGUGUGGCAGUCUCAGUAAGCAUAGCUUUUUGACAAUUACCGUGUUAUAUGACGCUCUUAUUAAUUAUUAAGUUAUGUUGUUGUUCACAUUUGUUUAAAGUUUAUACAAAAUUAUAUAUUUUUGAUAUGUGUUUUACAUAUGCCUUUAUUUUGUUUUGUUUGCUGUUUCAUAUACAACAGUUACGGAACAAGCGUAAACUUUAAGGAUAUGCCUUGUUGAAUACAAGUUAUAUUCUCUGUUGUCUUUGGCGAAUAUCAAACACGAAAGAAAAUGAAAAUAUUGAUUCAAUAUAACAUUCAUUAACCAAUUUGGACAUGUAACUCAAACAAAUAAUGCUACUGCCCUCAUCGUCUUGAGUGCAUCAAAUGACGAUGCAUUGGACCAAAUCAUUAUGUAUUUAAAGCACUAUGAUUUUGUUAUUUAAUUUAUUUCAUAUCAUCUUCUUGAUAUUAUUUUAUCAUAAAGCAAUGUCUGUCAGUUGUACAAUCAAAUUAAACAUGAUAAUGAUGCUCUUUACAUUGACAUUGACCACUAAAAACCAUACACUAUCGAGUUAUACAUUUAAUACCACAGCUUAUAUAUAUAAGUUGUACAAUGAUAUAAAUAGAAGUUGUACAAUGAUAUAUUUCUCUUUAUAAAUAUAUAUAUUUAUAUAUAUAUCGUAUUGUUAAUCAUAUUUAAUUCAUAACUAUAAAUACUACAUUAGACUAAAACAGUUUAAUGGGCGUAUAAACAGCACAUGCAUAAUCGCAAAUGUCUUCUUUGUCACUAAUCAAAACCUUAUCAAAAAUCGGAGUUACUUUCAAUAUUAUGUAUGAUUUCAAUAACCUAUUUCUCUACAAUAUAUUAUGACAAUAAAUAUAUUGGUAGAUCCGAAUAAGAUAAAUAUUAAUAGACAAUUUUCGAACUCACGGAACUCAGUAUACACACUCUCUCAAUAGAGGUAUUUUGUACAAAGGGGAAAAGAAAAAGUAUCGGAAAAAUACCUUAAGAUCAUUACAACAUGCAAGUCCCUGGGAUAACUUUGUUUCUAUCUUUUAAAAUCCGAAAGAGCUAAAUUCCUUGUUAUCAUGUUCUCCUUAAUUUUCCCGUUAAAUAACGGUAGGAUUGACCUCUUAGAUAUUAAGAUCUGUCACACAAACUAUCAAAACCCACUAACUGACACUUAAUUCAUACUUAUGUCAUUGAUAAAAGCUGUGAAACAAAAUAAUUGCUCCUCAUUUGUACAAAUGGCAGAAGUGUUACAUAAUGUUACAUUUCGUUUUUCGCUUACACUACAAAGACUAUUAUGUAUCGAGUAUGUUUAUUUAGAAAAAAUAAAUGAAAAUGUAUAGAAAGAUGCGACCACAAAUACAAUAUUAUUAUUCGAAUUUAAUUAAAGAAGAGCUGUGAGUUUUAAUAUUUCCUAAACAGUUUAUCUUAACUAUUAAUUUUCAUAUACAUAUUUAUCAAUUAUUUCUUUUAGUUAGAAUUAAAUAAAAUGGUGCAUUACCAUUUUUUGUCAAACUAACAUUUUAGUUUCUUGUUAACCGAAUAGCACUGUCUAAAUUUUGUAUAUAUCAUGUGACUUAUUCAAUUUAAAACCACCAAUAAGGUAAAUACAUACAUGUAGCAUCCCAAUAUUUGUCUGUGGUAAAUCAAUUAAUCUAUAACUGCACUAAUAAUUUACACAAACACUUACAUUAUCACAAAAACUUACAUUAACACAAACACUUACACUAACACAAACA